UAUACACAAUACUUCAUUACUUCACAGCAAAAUAUUUGCUUAAUUGCUUUUCGUGCAAACGAAGUUUAGAGAAGCGGCUGAAUGUGGACGCGGUGAUGAAUUGGAGCACGCUGUAGAAUGGUCUAAUUUCAUUUCGUUGAGAUUGUGUUGACGUAGAUCUUAAUGGAAGAAUAAUGCCCGACAACAAUUCCCAAUUUCUUUGAAAACGCAAUCGUUACAUUAAUAAUAUCUGUUAUGCUAAUAUAAUCGUAACUGUGGAUACGAUUGACACCACAAAAGCUGCGAGUGAAAUUGAGAGCCUGUUGGCUGAAACGAGAGAGUUAUCUAAAACGAUACAAAAUCAAUGAUCAUUAAAGAUUGCCUUCGUAUCUUAUUUUGAAGCAUUUUCCAAGUGUCGCGUGGCGUGGAUCAGGGCAUCUCUCCUCAUGCCGAGAAGUUUCUCCCGAUGGACCGAGUGUUAAUUUGAAGAUCAACAAAGAUGAAAUUCUCAGAUGUUAUUAAGGUGCUAGGUCUUCAGGAGAGUUUUGUUUGGUUUAGAAGAAAUAAACUACCAACGAAAUAAAUCUUGAAAUAGCCAUAGUUAUCAUCCGAUACAAAUGUCCAGAUAAGAGUUAGGAAUACACGAAACAGUAUAAACUCAGAAGUGGAUAUUAAUUGGAGUUAAUCGGCGUCUCCGAGCAGAAGGAAGCCUCUUGUUUUUCAGGCCUUACAAAAAGCAUCGAUACCUUUGAAAUUAUCAGUAGCUACAUUUUACACCAGACAAGCGCAAAGACCAAGAGUUCACCACGCAAGUUUAACAGCACGGAAUAUUGAACCCCGAAGAAAACGAUGCACGCAAAAAAAUCGGGUUUCCAUCAAACAUUGCCUCCAAAGUUUAAUCGAUCUUUGAUCCUCAUUGAGGCCGUCCAUUCUGAACGGAUUCGUCAGUUACGAUUACUCCUGGACGCUGGAGUGAACGUGAAUUGCAAUGAUCCCGAGACGGGACAUACACCGCUUAUUCGAGCUAUGUUUAUCGAGAAUUCUCGACAACGAAGAGCAAUCAUUAAAAUGUUACUCCGCUAUGGAGGAAGAGUGGAGAAGACGGACAGGGAAGGAAGAACUGCAUUUGCGUGGGCCUGUCUUUUAGGCAGAAACGAUGUUAUACGGUUUUUGUUUAGGGAAAUUCACUUAAAUAUUGGCCUCAACUCCGUCGACAGCUCAGGCAAUGACAAUCUGAUUCUCGCCUGCGCUUCGGGAAAUCCCGCCACGGUACGACUCGUUGCCGAAGCAUUUCGACGCGUGAGACUCGACAUGAACCGACGGAAUACGAACGAUGAGAAUGCGCUUAUGACGGCGCAUCGCUUGAGAUUCUACGACUGUGUGAAGGUGCUGGUCGAAGAAUUUGAAGGUUACAUUGCGACCAAUAUGCCCAAGGAUUUCUUAUACGGCGAGACGAGAAACACUUCGAGUGAUGGACAACUCGACCGUUGGCACAGACACAGUGCAUCACCCUGCCACAGAUAUUCUCCAUGUACAGCGACCAUUUGACGAAUUCGUUUCCAAGUAAAAGAAAAUAACUUCAAAUGAUGCGUGUGCAAAUAAAUUCCGUACACGGUGACCGAUGA